AACUUUGUCAAAUGUCUAGUUAAAAUGGUGAUGGCAACAUGAAGCUCAUUUUGUGUGUGUACUGAACUGCGUGUGUAAAUUAAUGCAGUACCGUGGUAAAAAACGUCGCUUUAUCUGUGCACAAGAGCUGCAGCUCAGCGCACUUGUAGUAGCGUCCACAGGCAGUCAGAGUCAGCCUCGGAAGAAUCCAAUAAAAGUGAGAGGGUUUCUUUGUGUUGCCUGUACUGUAAUCAUCGUGACAUUUUACGAGUCACUUUUUUCCAUUUAAAUUCUGUCGUUUGUUUCCUGUAAUAACACGUUUGGUUUGAAAAAGUGAGGAGUGAGUUGAAAAAUCCGUGGAAGAUGCAGCAAGCUCAUCGUGGAAUCAUCCGCUCAUACUGUUGACAAGUUGAAGGAGUGUGCUGCUUGCUGCUGUCGUUGUAACUCACAGAGGAGCGAGCUGCGCUAGACAGAGAGCACAGCUGGAACGCGCCGAUACUGUGCCCUAUUUACAGUCUCUGUGGUUCUUCAUGAGGGCUGAUGGUGACUAAACACCUGAUCCUGCUGCUGUUUCAGGCAGAAGUUCCCGGGAGGAGAGGUCCAGGUCCAGUCUGCCCACUCUAACAGCUUUUAACAACCCCAAUUGCUCUCAUAGCCCAGCCGACAUCAAAGCCUAUCUGUCUCUUGCUCUCUCGCCUCGCCGCUGGGCACAUCUCCUGUGUGAACUUCUAGGGGAAUGUCUGUCCUUUAACCGCCUCUAUCCGCACUAACUGAUAGCACAUAAUUUUGGGCAAACUGCUACUAUGGAAGACUAUGACGUGCCGUCGGCCGCUAGCAUCCUGGCCUCAGUCAAAGAGCAGGAGGCUCGCUUCGAACGUCUCACCAGGGCCCUUGAAGACGAACGCCGCAACGUCUCCCUGCAGCUGGAACGUGGCAGCCUGCCUUCUGAUAUGUUGGCGGGCCGCACCACGGGCAUGAGCAACCAACCGCUGGCCUGGCAACAGAUGGUCAUGCAGGAGCAGAGCCCCAGUAAUCAAACAUCACUGGCCAUGAUGCAGGAGCCCCAGGAGGUUGUGGAGGAGACCGUAACCAUAGAGGAGGACCCCGGCACACCCACCUCUCAUGUUUCAGUGGUCACCUCUGACGAUGGGACCACACGCCGCACAGAGACUAAGGACCAUUUAACUAAUAUGAAGGUGACUAAGAUGGUCAAGACGGUCACUACGCGAACGGUUCGACAGGUGCCGCUGGGUCCAGAUGGCCUUCCUCUUCCAGAAGGUUCUUCUCCGCUGGGGAGCUACACCGACUCCAUCGAUCGGCGCUACAUGAAAAACGGUGACCGCUUCAUCAUGCCCCAGGCCACCUCCACCCUCACACGCUCCUACAACAAUUACGCUGACUCCUACAGCGACACUCCGGACACUCAGUUUCGCCAUUACGCGCUUCACGACGGAUACGGGGACGUGACUGAGAACUAUGGAAGCCUCUCUCGCGGAGUCAACUACAGGCCCUAUAGGCCUUAUAUGGCCGCUGGAGGAUACCGACCGGAGAACAGCUACACUCUUCCUAUACGGAAGGAAGAUUAUGGGCACGUGGCCCAGCCGCAGGUCCCCAUGGGCAGUAGCACCGUGGAUCUCAAUCGUUCUCAGCCCGAGCGCUUCCAGCCCGAGCCCUAUGGCCUGGAGGAUGACAGACGCAGCUUAGGCCAAGACGAAGAAGAGCCGUUUGACCUAGAGCCUGAUUAUUCCACAGCUAACCGCCGCACGCUCCCCGGACGUACCAUUCGUGAACCGCUACGUAACGGCCCACGCGUAAGAGGAUACGAGGACCCCAUAGAGGCCGAAUUAAUCGAUGAAAGGCACCCCUACAUCCACGGCAUGUAUCCUGCACCUCUCGCCCAACCUGAAAGAGGCAGCUUGGCCAGUCUCGAUCACAUGGGCGGCCGCCGAUCCCCCUCAAUCGACAGCAUCCGUAAGGACCCCCGCUGGAGGGACCCCGACCUUCCUGAGGUCAUCGCUAUGUUGGGUCAUCCUAUCGAUCCGGUCAAGUCCAAUGCAGCCGCCUACCUGCAGCACCUCUGCUACGAGAACGACAAGAUAAAGAAGGAUGUCAGGCAGCUCAAAGGGAUCCCCGUGCUGGUGGGCUUGUUGGACCAUCCUAAAUCUGAGGUCCAUCGCAAGGCCUGCGGAGCCCUGAGGAAUAUCUCCUUCGGCAAAGACCAUGACAACAAAGUGGCCAUCAAGAACUGUGAUGGGAUUCCCGCUCUCAUUCGCCUGAUGAGGAAAACCAACGACAUGGAAGUUCGUGAACUCAUCACAGGGACGCUGUGGAACUUGUCCUCCUAUGAGCCGCUGAAGAUGGUGAUUAUUAACCAUGGGCUUCAGACGAUGACUAAUGAGGUUGUCAUCCCUCAUUCGGGCUGGGAACAUGAACCCAAUGAGGAUUCGAAGCCACGCGAUGCCGAGUGGACCACUGUCUUUAAGAACACCUCGGGAUGUCUAAGGAAUGUGAGUUCAGAUGGUGCAGAGGCACGCAGACGCUUGAGAGAGUGUGAGGGGCUGGUGGAUGCUCUGCUGCAUGCACUGCAGUCUGCUGUGGGGAAGAAAGACAUGGACAAUAAGUCUGUGGAGAAUUGUGUUUGCAUCAUGAGGAACCUGUCCUACCACGUGCACAAGGAGGUUCCAGGAGCUGAGAAGUUUCAGGACCCCUCAGCUCUUCAGGGCCCAGACUCUUCGGGCACUCAGAGAAAGAAGAAAGAUGACGCUGGCUGCUUCGGAGGAAAAAAGGCCAAAGAAGAAUGGUUUAAUCAAGGGAGGAAAAACGGAGAACAUGACAAAAACUAUGACACAUUGGACCUACCCAAGCGCACAGAACCCACUAAAGGUUUUGAAUUACUCUAUCAGCCGGAAGUGGUUCGUCUAUACCUGUCCUUGCUUACAGAGAGUCAGAACUAUAACACUCUUGAAGCAGCGGCCGGGGCUCUGCAGAAUCUCAGCGCGGGACAGUGGACAUGGUCGAACUAUAUCCGUGCGACGGUGCGUAAAGAGAAAGGUCUGCCUAUCCUCGUGGAGCUCCUGCGUUCUGAUUCAGAUAAGGUGGUGCGAGCUGUGGCCAUCGCACUGAGGAAUCUGUCCAUCGACCGCCGCAACAAAGACCUCAUAGGGAGUUACGCCAUGAGGGACCUGGUUAGCAAUCUGCCGAGUGGCCAACAGCGGCCAGCCAAGAACCUAGAGGAAGAUACGGUGGUGGCCAUCCUAAACACCAUCCAUGAAAUCAUCACUGACAGCUCGGAGAACGCUCGCUCGCUCAUGACCGCUCAAGCUAUUGACAAACUAGUGGCCAUCAACAGGACCAGCCAGUCGGCGAGGGAGACCAAAGCUGCCUCCCAUGUACUCCAGACCGUUUGGAGCUAUAAGGAGUUGAGAAAUGCCCUGACCAAGGAUGGCUGGAAUAAAACGCACUUCCAGCCUAUAGCAACCGGCACUCCCAAAGGGUCCAAGAGCUGCAAGCCGGGCUACGAUGACACGACGCUCCCCUUGAUGGAAAAGAACCAAGGCAGCAGAGGGUGUGGCAGUGGGGAUAUGAUACCUAUGGAUGAAUUUGGUCCAGAUGGCUAUUCAACGAUCAACCAGAGAGACAGUAACUCAAAGUACAAAAGCAGCGACGGUUCGUCUGACCUGCAGGAACGGGAACCAUUUAAGAAUGACACAAAUAGGAAACACUAUAUCAGGAGCAACAGGCCAACUGUCAGUCUGGUGGAUGCUUGUGAUGUUAAACCUCAGCCUGUUGACUCCUGGGUCUAAAUGCAUGCAUGGCUUAGCUCGCAGCAGCGCUACAUCUCUACCACACAAGGAUUUCACGAGUCACCACUGCCAUUAACCACAGAACUCACCGUGAUGUGGACUCAGCUGAAGACUUUUGCCUAAAAAAAAGCGAGAGAAGGGAACUUUCAUUCAACAGCCAAAAUUUUGAGGUUUCUCAACGUGAAAAGAUAAAAACCUAUUUGGAAAAACUACCACUUCUCAUAUGUACAUUCCCACUGGACGUAUUGAACCCAGAACAGAGGAUCUGCCGUCGUGGAGCUGGAAUGAUGGAUUUGAGUGUACAGGAAGUGCUAUAAUGGACAUGGACGUGUAUUGAAAGGAAUCGGAAAAGAGGAUGUAAAAAGCAUAUUUUUAUGUCAAAACAAAAAAUAUAUAUAAUUUUGACUCUGUUAUUUUUGUUGUAUGUAUCUGCCUGAUUAUUGUUUUGUUUGUGGAUUUAUGUUGACCCCAGAAUUGCAGUGAGGUUUUUUCUUUCUGUAGAAUUUUAAUGAAGGUUUGGGUUUUCUGAAGUGAUGGGCUGUUGUGAGCCAUGAAGGAAUCUUGAGAAUGGAGUAAAAUGAAGGUUUAUUGUUAUUUUCAAUGGUGUGGGAGCACAUAAGAAGUCUGGGGGUUCUAUAUUGAAAUGCACGCUUUUGCGAUUUCUAUGUGCUGGCUUUAUAAAGCAACUUUAAAGACAUGA